CACCAGCCACCUGCUAGAUUCCAGCCACCUUCUAGACUCUGUAUCCUGUGCAAUAACAUUACACCCCUUAUUUAAAGCAACAUGUUUAGAGGUUAUAACAAUUCAGUUACAUUGUUGCAGAAAUCGUGCAGAGAUGAUGGUGGGAAGUGUGUUGCCAUGGCUGGGAGAUCCUGCCGGAUGCUGCAACACAACACCUGCCCGGAGGGAUUUAUCUGCUGUGCCAGAAGAUCGAGGAAGACAAAGAAGAACUCAGUAAGAAGAUGCAAGACGUCUGGCAAAUGCAGGAGGAAGCUUGGGACAUGUGUGAGUCGCCGUGCAGGUGUGUGUGAUUCCAAGACCAGGGACAGGUGGUGUAGGGGACGGAGCUGCACCUGCUGUCUCCCAAAGAAGCAGUCUUGCAGCUUGAGCAGCGAGUGUGCUGGUGCUGGUGGAUCUUGUGUCAGCACUAAGUCUGCCAGGUGUGCUGGACACAUGUUAACCAGUGUUUGCGAUCAUCCAAAAUGCUUUUGUUGCAUCCCACCACAUACGUGUGUGUGCGGAAAUGCGAAUGUGGAACGCAUAGUAGGAGGAGUUGAGGUGAGUCCGCAUGAAUUUCCGUGGCUGGUGGGUCUUCAGUUUAAUAACAAGACAAUAUACACUUGUGGUGGAAGCAUCAUCAACAAUCUAUACAUCCUCACUGCUGGUCACUGUCUCUACGACUUGGAAACUUCCCAGCUUCGAGAUCCCACCUGCAUCAGGGUAGGAAUAGCGGAUCACAACCAAGCUUCCCACCAGGAUGAUGUCCCCGGUGUCACCCGCCUGGUCAAUAUCCAAGGAUAUUCCAUUCAUCCGAACUACAAUUUAUUUAAUAUAACUGACGACAUAGCACUGGUGAAGCUAGCUCAACCUCUGGAUCUAUCAUCACACAGAGAAAUACGAUCCGUCUGUCUUCCCCCAAAUGACAACCAGACUUACCAAGGCCUGACAGCGACAGCUGCUGGAUGGGGCUACGUCACUGAAAACUCCACCACACAACCAGAUGUUUUACGUCAAGCCGGUAUUACCAUUCUGGAUCCAACAUGCCAGAACAAAACUGUAAAUUUCGUAACUAUAACACAAAAUAUGCUGUGUGCUGGAGAGGUCCAGGGGGGCGUGGACGCAUGUCUUGGAGACUCUGGAGGUCCUCUCACUGUCACACAGGGAGGGAGACACAUUAUAGUGGGAAUCACAUCGUUCGGGGAAGGAUGCGCCAGACCCAACAUACCAGGUGUAUAUACCAGAGUGAGUAAAUAUCUCCCCUGGAUCAUGCAAAACACGCAGGAUGCAACCUACUGUGCCAGUUUACCUAAUGUUAAGAAGAUGAAGGCAGCGAAAUCUGCAAGAACAAGCAAAAAAACUUAAAAUAAAAGGAACGAAAAACGCGAAAAAAUUUACAAAAAAAAAAAAAAGCGAAAAAAUUGUGAACAAACGCGAAAAAAUCCAAAACAAAAAACGCAAAAGAACCCAGAACAGAAAAUGGGAAUGAGUGACGUAACUUCUGCUCUUACGCUAUUUUCAUAGCACAUAUGGUCAUAUAUAUGUCGUACCGAUCAAGCCUAAUCACCGAGUUAGGCUUACUCGCCAUGAAUAUUUUUUUGGCCAAACUAGCAGAAUAUAAUUUAAUUUCUCGCCAUAAAUAACCUUAUAUCAGACUGAAGAUUACGAAAAAAAUUGAUAUCAUUGAUUUAAAUAUGUUUAAAACAAUCUAUGCUAUAAUUAGCAAAAUUGAGCUAUAAAAAUUACGUUAGUUUAAUUAAGGUUAAUUAAGAUUUCUAAGCUUAGUGCAUGAUUAAAAAUUUUAUAUCAGUCAAUGCAAAAAAUUAUCUAUUAUUAUUUAAAAAAAAUUUACAAAAAUAAUUUUACAAAAAUUUAAUUUUUGAGUGAGUUCGGGUUAUUAGGGACGACAUAUACACAACCGACUUCGACGACGCUUCGGUCCGACUUGGACCAUUAGGUAAUUACUUCUCCAAGUUGGACCGUUACGUCGUGCUAAGUCUCAGUCUUCCAGGUGCCGGUAAUUAGUGGGUGUUGUUCCAGUGUUCUGUCUCAGUGUUUAUAUUCACGUAUGUUGUAUCACCUUAAGAGGCACCUCAGUUCCUCUAUCACUUUAAGAGGCACCUCAGUUCCUCUAUCACUUUAAGAGGCACCUCAGUUCCUCUAUCACCUUAAGAGGCACCUCAGUUCCUCUAUCACUUUAAGAGGCACUUCAGUUCCUCUAUCACCUUAAGAGGCACCUCAGUUCCUCUAUCACUUUAAGAGGCACCUCAGUUCCUCUAUCACUUUAAGAGGCACGUCAGUUCCUCUAUCACCUUAAGAAGCACGUCAGUUCCUCUAUCACCUUAAGAGGCACGUCAGUUCCUCUAUCACCUUAAGAAGCACGUCAGUUCCUCUAUCACCUUAAGAGGCACGUCAGUUCCUCUAUCACCUUAAGAGGCACGUCAGUUCCUCUAUCACCUUAAAAGGCACCUCAGUUCCUCUAUCACCUUAAGAGGCACGUCAGUUCCUCUAUCACUUUAAGAGGCACGUCAGUUCCUCUAGCACCUUAAGAAGCACGUCAGUUCCUCUAUCACUUUAAGAGGCACGUCAGUUCCUCUAGCACCUUAAGAGGCACGUCAGUUCCUCUAGCACCUUAAGAGGCACGUCAGUUCCUCUAGCACAUUAAGUGGCACGUCAGUUCCUCUAUCACUUUAAGAGGCACGUCAGUUCCUCUAUCACUUUAAGAGGCACGUCAGUUCCUCUAGCACCUUAAGAAGCACGUCAGUUCCUCUAGCACCAUAAGAGGCACGUCAGUUCCUCUAUCACCUUAAGAGGCACGUCAGUUCCUCUAUCACCUUAAGAGGCACGUCAGUUCCUCUAGCACCUUAAGAAGCACGUCAGUUCCUCUCGCACCUUAAGAGGCACGUCAAUUCCUCUAUCACCUUAAAAGACACGUCAGUUCCUCUAGCACAUUAAGAGGCACGUCAGUUCCUCUAGCACCUUAAGAAGCACGUCAGUUCCUCUAGCACCUUAAGAGGCACGUCAGUUCCUCUAUCACCUUAAGAGGCACGUCAGUUCCUCUAGCACAUUAAGAGGCACGUCAGUUCCUCUAGCACAUUAAGAGGCACGUCAGUUCCUCUAGCACCUUAAGAAGCACGUCAGUUCCUCUAGCACCUUAAGAGGCACGUCAGUUCCUCUAGCACCUUAAGAGGCACAUCAGUUCCUCUAUCACCUUAAGGUAGACUUUAUUGCUGUGUGAGAAUGGGGUUAAGGCACUUUAGUCAGUGAUAAUUUGCGUGUGAACUAGGCUAACUGAACGCUCCUUGUUUAUACAGAACAACCACUGUGAAAAAAAUAGUAAAAUUCCAAGCGCUUUCGUGACUUCUCACAUUAUCAUAGUUCCCUGAUAAUGUGAGAAGUCACGAAAUCUCUUGGAAUUUCACUAUUUUUUCACGGUGGUUGUUCUGCAUAUUGUGAUAUCACCUGUUUACUGUGAUCUUAUUGCUCUGUGAAACCCAUUUCUGUUGGAUUGUAUAGAUGUUGAUCAGCUUCCCAAGUAUUGUAACUAGAAAUAAUUAAGUAAUAUUUAAAGCAGUGUUGGCAAGACUACAACACAGGUGGUCAGCUGAGGUACGCAAGGGUGAGUGGCUUGUGUCAGCAGUCAGCCGCAGUGACCCUCAAUGUAUACAACACUGGCUUGUGCCAGCAGUCAGCCGCAGUGACCCUCAGUGUAUACAACACUGGCUUGUGUCAGCAAUCAGCAGCAGUGACUCUGCACACAACACUGGCUUGUAUCAGCAGUCAGCAGCAGUGACUCUCUCUACACACAACACUGGCUUGUGUCAGCAGUCAGCUUCAGUGACCCUCUCUACACACAACACUGACUUGUGUCAGUAGUCAGCAGCAGUGACCCUCUCUACACACAACACUGGCUUGUGUCAGCAGUCAGCAGCAGUGACCCCUCACUGCACACAACAUUGUCUUGUAUCAGCAGUCAGCAGCAGUAACCCUCUCUACAUACAACAAUGACUUGUGUCAGUAGUCAGCAGCAGUGACCCUUUCUACACACAACACUGGUUUGUGUCAGCAAUCAGCAGCAGUGACCCUCUCUACUCACAACAUUGGCUUGUGUCAGCAGUCAGCAGCAGUGACCCUCUCUACACACAACACUGGCUUGUGUCAGCAGUCAUUAGCAGUAACCCUCACUGCACACAACACUGGCUUGUGUCAGCAGUCAGCAGCAGUGACCCUCACUGCACACAACACUGGCUUGUGUCAGCAGUCAGCAGCAGGGGCCGUCUCUACAUACAACACUGGCUUGUGUCAGCAGUCAGCAGCAGUGACUCUGCACACAACACUGGCUUGUAUCAGCAGUCAGCAGCAGUGACUAUCACUGCACACAACACUGGCUUGUGUCAGCAGUCAGCAGCAGUGACCCUCUCUACACACAACACUGGCUUGUGUCAGCAGUCAGCAGCAGUGACCCUCACUGCACAUUACUGACGUCAGUCUCUGCACAAUAUUUCCACAUAACUCUGAUUAUCUUCCACACCUUAAACAUUUAAGUAUCAGAGGCAACAGAGACUUAAAUUAUGUAUCAGCACAGACAGCACAGCAGUCUACAUUUACACAGCAGACCAUGGAACGGGUGAGGUUUGAACCAUGGCGAGUGAAUCGUAAAACUGCAGGCCAGUGUGUAAGCCACUGGGCCAGCUGCUACAAUAAGAUUCAUCCGACUUUUGAUAGAGUUCGCCACAGACACGCUGGCUGGAGAUUCAUCUGCACAACUUUGUAUUUGUGGUCACAGUGGUGGCUCAUGCUAACCUCCCUAUGGUGUAUAAAUAUACCUUGUUGGAUGAAUGUUAUUGUAGCCAGCUGGCCCAGUGGCAUACUCACUGGUAACGAGUUUUACGACUCACCCGCCAUAAAUUCAAACCUUCCCCAUUUCGUGGUUUCUUUACAAUUGUGUUAUUACGAAUUCGUGAGUACACUGACUCAGUAUUUCCCCUCAUAUUUGCUUUAUCGAGUUCCAGAAAAGGCAAUUGAGUUGAGAAGAUUUAUGUCACUGAAGACGUCACCUCAGUCAAUAAUCUUUUCCAUCAUGACGUCGACGCUACAUUUCCCCGGAAGGUAGAGCUUAACUGAUCAAAAAUAAACAUA